AUGAAGAUUCCAGUGACUUGUUGCCUGCUUCUCCUGCUGUGUUUUGAGAGGACGUGCUGCGUCAAGAGCCGUAAGCAAGCUUCCAAUGCAGACACCUCCAAGGAUGAUGUCAGUCAGAAGAGGCCGUCUCGAGCAUCAGAUAAUAAGCCAAACCGCUGCUCCUACACCUUCAUCGUGCCCCAGCAGAAGAUAACAGGGGCGCUCUGCGUGAGCACCGAAUCCACCCGUGGCAACCGCUCGGAGAUGGCGGCACUGCGGGCACAGCUGACACGGCAGCAAGAACAGCUGGAUGGAAUGCGUGGGGAGCUGGAGCACGAAGGCACGCUGGCCAAUGUGAUGAGAGUUCUGCGCAGGGAGAGCGUCAACAUGAACGCCCGCAUCACCCAACUCUACGCCCAGCUGCUGAAUGAGAUCUUACAGAAGAAGGAUCAGGCUUCGGAGCAACGGCGGCUCGAGAGUUUGGUGAUUAACGCAACAUCCCAGGUCCUGCAAGUGACAAGCAGUUACAGAGACCUGGAGAAGAAAUUCGACAUGCUCACUUCUCUCGUGAGCAACCAGAGUCAGAUAAUCACACAACUGGAGAAACAGUGCAAAGCACAACAGGUACGAGCUGAACUACAGGAAGUUACACCACUUCCGGUUCAACAGUCAAGCGAAUCGCUGAGUGUAGAGUCUCAAUACGUUGCCAGCAAUGUCCAAAGAGACCAAAGUGCCCAGGAACACAGAUCGCAGGAACCGCCGGAGACCUUUGAUGACUCACCCACUGAAACACCUUUCAUCAGUUACCCCGUCACUAAAUCACCAGGGCCGUGGCAGGACUGUCAACAUGUGCUGGAGUCAGGAGAGAAGACCAGUGGUAUCUACCUGUUGCGCCCGCGUAACACCAACCAUCUGCUGCAGGCCUGGUGUGAUCACAGCAGAACUGAGGGUGGCUGGACGGUUAUACAGAGGAGACAGGACGGCUCUGUUAACUUCUUCAGGACGUGGGAUCAAUACAAGCAAGGCUUUGGGAAUCUGGAUGGAGAGUACUGGCUGGGUCUGGAGAAUCUGUACUGGCUCACCUCACAGGUCACCUACAAGCUACGAGUAAGCAUGGAAGACUGGCAGGGACGACAGAUGUAUGCGGAGUACGACAGUUUUCAAGUUGAACCCGAGAGCGACUGGUUUCGGCUGCGGUUAGGCAGUUACCAAGGCAACGCAGGAGACUCUCUGUCAUGGCAUAACAAUAAAGCUUUCACAACUCUGGACCGCGAUAAAGACGCUUACUCAGGUAACUGUGCUCAUUACCAGAAGGGCGGUUGGUGGUACCACAUGUGCGCCCACUCUAACUUGAAUGGGGUGUGGUAUCGAGGUGGGCAUUACCGAAGCCGAUACCAGGAUGGUGUUUACUGGGCAGAGUUUCACGGAGGCUCGUAUUCCUUGAAGAGAGUGGCCAUGAUGAUCAAACCAGUUUGAGCUGGAC